GGUUAACCAGGAGUCUCCAGAUAUGCACAUUUAUCAGGUCAUAAAUGUAAGAAAAAAUAGAGUUUAUCAAUUUAUCAAUUCACUUCUAUCAAGAAAGCCGUGUAAAAUUGUUUGGAAGGAGAGAGAAAUUUGCCAGUAAGCCUUAAAUUAAAUUAGUACAAAAAUCAUUCUGAUGCAUUUCGGACAUCAGCUUGCUAAGCCUGGCAGUGAAAAAACUAUGCCACACCCCUGUGAAUAAGAAGUUGAUACCUACCAUUAUUUACAAUGGGAAUAGACUACACACUAUUUGCUAACCUGGCCAUGGCUUAGGUGUGAUUGCUGAACAAUUAGCUUGAAAGAAAUGCAUCAGUCACACAUAUGCACAAGGAUUUCCCUUUUAAGACCUAAAAUAUGCAUUUUUUAUGUCCAAAAGAGACUAGUGUAUCUAAACUGAGGGUCUUCUUGUACCAUCUUGUAAAGGAGUUUCUCUAACAUUUACACAGUAUUUUAAUAAGUAGACAUUUAUUUCCAUUGUAUUAGUAGCUAGAAGGAAUAAUUACAGAAUGUACAAAUAAGUGAUUUACUUUACAAAAUUAUCAGAAUAAAGUAUUUUAUAUUGUGUUAGAACCUAAAGUGUAUUCAGUCUUCACAAACAGGAAAAUACUUUCCUUGCCCUACAGAAUGCACAAUUUAAAAAAGAAAAACAAAGACUUUGAUGGAGGCAAUAAUAGGCAUGUCUUCUUAGUUCAAAAUUUGGGUAUAUGUGAUUUUGAUUGUUAACCUCACUAUAUUCUAAUACUCCUUUCCUACCCCUCAAUAUAUUGCUUUAACCUCCCUUCCCUGUCCCCAUGCCCAGAUUCAAUUCUAUUCUUUCUAAAUUUCCCUUCACAUAAAUUAACAGUUCUCAGAAAAAACAUCAGCUCUAUGUAUCACAGAGAAGAAUACAUUUUCCAAAAUUACAUCUUUAUGAAAAAUUCAGGGAUAGCUAUUAAGAAUUUCAAAAUGUGAAAAAUAAUUAACAACAAAGGAAGUUAAAUGCUUACAAGUGGAAGUUAUUCUCCCAUCCACAGAAGUCUAUCACAACUACAAAGAAAAAAAAAGAUUUUUGCACUGAAUGGGGCAGUUAAAAAAAAUAAAAAGCACUUUUGCUGACAAAGGACUUUUCCCCGGUACAGAAAGAGUUAAUAGCAGCCGGCUCCACCACGCCAAGCAUUUGCCUGCCUCCGAGGUAUAUUCCCUGCAGACACAUUAUCAGAUUAAAGAAAGGCAAACAAACUGAAUUGAAACCAUUCUUUAAGUCCAGCCUCUUCUUCCUGUGAUGUCAUGUUGCAAAAUGAUUGAGCUUUCUCCCCCCCCUUCUCUCUUUCGAAUAAGCAAGGCUUACUAUACACUCGGCGUUUAAGGCGGAUAUCUACAUUCAGCAAGAACGAACAAGCUUUGGAAUUUUAUUUCUAAUUUCAAAGCAGCCUGCUUUCCACCCUUUGGGGUUAGCAGGCAGGCAAGUUGAAAAGCUUGUUUUACAGCCAAGCGGCAAUGAGAGGGGUUGAAAUGCCUACAUUUUUCAGAGCCCGGGGAAUCUUUUCCUAAAAAGGAACCUCUGUUAAACUUUGGAGGGAAAGUUUGCAAUAUAAAGUACUCUACUUUCUGACUUGCAACUGACCAUAAAACAGCAAGUUCUGUAUCGGCUUCAUUACAUCUGGGAAAACGAGCGUGUGGAAUUAAAUAAAAGGAUGACUUCAUCUACCAGCGCUGCCUGUAUUGGGUUUACCGACCAGGACUGGAUGUCUGGCUAUUGUGGAAUUUGGCAGAAAAGAAUGAUCUCCUGGUGAUUACCAGAGCUGUAUCUUCCUACUGCAACAUUCAUGUUUCAUCUUGGAAAUUUUAAAGUAAAACGGAAAACUUGUGAAAUCACUCAUCGACCAAAUUCAUCUACAAGGUACCCAGAGAUUUUAAAGUAGUCAACAGCAGAAGGAAAGCUAACUAAAGGAAUUCAACAUUGUAAAUUUAAAUUGCCAUAAUAAUGGUACAACCAAAUUGUCCCAGUGAAGACUCCUUUAAGUAUACUUUAUAUGGAUGUAUUUUUAGCAUGGUGUUUGUCCUUGGUCUAAUAUCAAAUUGUGUUGCUAUAUACAUUUUUACUUUCACAUUAAAAAUGCGAAAUGAAACAACAACUUACAUGCUUAAUUUAGCAAUAUCGGAUCUGCUUUUUGUGUUUACUUUACCCUUCAGGAUUUAUUACUUUGCAAUACAAUACUGGCCAUUUGGAGACAUACUUUGCAAGAUUUCUGUCACAAUGUUUUAUACAAACAUGUAUGGAAGCAUUUUCUUCUUGACUUGCAUAAGUGUAGAUCGUUUUUUAGCCAUAGUACAUCCAUUUUGGUCUAAGACUCUUAGAACCAAACAAAAUGCAACAAUUGUCUGUGUUGCAGUAUGGAUAACUGUGAUAGCAGGAAGCAUACCAGCAAGCUUUUUUCAGUCCACGGUUCCACUAAAUGACAGUAGUACCAAAGUACUAAAUGACACUAGUACUACCAACCAAAGUACAUGUUUUGAAAACUUUCCUAAUUCCACAUGGAAAACAUAUAUAUCAAGGAUUGUGAUCUUUAUUGAAAUUGUGGGAUUUUUUAUUCCACUGAUCUUAAACGUGACCUGUUCUACGAUGGUUUUAAGAACUUUGAAUAAACCAGUUACAUUAAGUCGGAACAAGUUAAGCAAAAAAAAGGUACUCAGAAUGAUUUUUGUCCAUUUGGUGAUAUUCUGUUUCUGUUUUGUACCAUAUAACAUUACCCUAAUACUUUAUUCUCUUAUGAGAACACAAAGAUGGAUUAAUUGUUCAUUAGUAACUGCUGUCAGGACUAUGUAUCCUAUCACUCUCUGCAUUGCAGUCUCAAAUUGUUGUUUUGACCCUAUAGUAUACUAUUUUACAUCAGAGACGAUUCAAAACUCAAUAAAGAGCAGAGUAACUAGACUACAGGAUUCCAGAUGCUCUGAAAUUGAAACUUCCGAAAACUUUUUUCAACACAGCCUCCAGACUUUAAAAGCUAAAAUAUUUGUUAGUGAAUCUACAAUAUAAACCGAGAGAAGAUACUGGGACUGUGAUACUUCAGCUGUGAAACUGUUUUCUUGUACAGAUUACCCUUUUUCAUCUUGGAAAACUGUUCAUAUAAUGAUUAAAUACUUUAUAGAAAAAUGUAAUUACUGUAAAAAUUACACAUUUCUAAAAGAUGUCCAAGUUUUCUCUCUCCUGCCUUUGUGCCCCAAAGUCCAUGACCUGUUAUAUAGUCCUCCUUAUAGUUUUGAACCUCACAAAAAACAAAUGAUAGUCAGAAAUCUAAGUAGAUACUAACAAGGCCCAAAGGUGUUUUACAAUUCAACAAAGCAUAAAGAGAUAGGAGACUAGAUCUUCACAUUAUUUGUAUUAGCAGGUUAAAACAAUUGUGAAGGCAUGAUUAUUUUAGGCAGCAACUAUUUUGUUUACAUGCUGUUUGGAUUCUUGAAAGCACUGAUAAAGUUAUUGCAACUGUGGUGUCCAUUCCACAGGUUCCAUAUAUACCCGAUCUUUUCUAGGACUUAUCUACAAAAUUUAAGCUAUUCCUUUAAAAAAAUAAAUGCACAGAUGGAUAAAUAAGUACGCAAAGUAAUUGAAACUAGAUGUGUCAAUUAUUUAGAUAAGAAUAUUGCUGACAAAAUAAACUUAAAAUAAGUGGUUUGUUUAGGUCAUGUAAUUUAAAUUUAAAGUGCUUCUUUGACUGAGAUUGAAAAAAACCACAAAAUGUAUAUUCCUCUCAUGAGUUCAGCUACCGUAGAUGACACAUUUAAUAUUCUUUGCCAAGAUAACAGGAAAUGGCAGUUACUGUUUUGUGUAAAGUAUCCACUCCUAGAUGUUCUGUACACCACAGAAAUGCCAUAAUUCUGAUGUCUACGUUUUUAAAGAUGAGCUUCUUGUACAUUUAGAAAGAAUAAAAGUAUUUAUUUAUAUGAAGUGCCUGAAAGUUGCUGCACUAAAUCCAGACAUUUCAUUUGUUUUUACAAUUAAGCUAUACGCAAUAAAAGAUUGUUUAAAA